ACUCAAGUGCCCUCCAAGUCCUCGAGUCCUCCGAGCAGAAACACACAAACUACAAACUACAACUGAUCUACAUCUACUAGAUCUACAUCUACUAGAUCUACAGCUCUGACACACUGCUCACCUCCUCACCAGGUCAGUCUCUCUCCCUCUCUCUGCUCCGGAAACAACAACAACAACAAACACAACAACAACAACAACAACAACAACAAAGAGCACACAAAGCCCCGUCCUCCUCCUGCUGCUGCUGCUGCUGCUGCUGCUCCAUCAUCAUCAUCAUCAUCAUCAUCUCUUCUUCCUCUCUGUCCCCAAAACAAGUGUUGUGAAGCAGGAAAGUGUCCAACACGGAGCUGCUGAAGACUCUUAAACUUUAUUAAUAAAAGAAUCAGCUGGAGGAGCAGAGAGCAGAGAGGAGGAGCAGCCUCUCAUCUCCUGCAGGAGGAGGAGAGGAAGAGGAGGAAGAGGAGGAGGAGGUGUUACUGAGUCCUACAACCAUCUUUCUCUGUCCCGGUUCUCCGCCAUAGAGGCAGCUCUCUGUCUCUCUGUCCUCCUCUCUGCGGACUAACUUCCUGCAUGAGUCGGUGAUGUGUCGGUGAACCGGGAGAUCCCGCCUCCUCUCCUCUCCUCUCCGGUGCGUGCUGCGGUGCGGUGCGGUGCGGUGCGGUGCGGUGUGUGCGUGGUGUGGAUGGAUGCUGCUGGUGCGUAAACACAGAGAGAGAGAGCCUCAUCUGGAGCACCGAGGCCGAGGCCGACAUUUUGCCCCGGUGGUCCGGAGGAGCUUCACUGCGAGGAGGCGAGGAGGCGAGGGGACAUCCGAGGACACCGAGCAGCAGCAGGCUGGGAGGCUGAGAGCUGCAGGGCUGCGACAUGUGAAAGGAGCUCCGCCCCUUGACCCUCUCAACUCUCAACCUUCGCAGAACUCAGUUGAACCGACGCUGUGACCGCGACUUGACACCCUCCUGCCUCGGGCAUGCCUCAGCCGGGUAUGAAUGGGAUGGAGCCUGCGUUUGGCGAGGCCUACGGGGGACACAGGGGCCUGCUGAGCCCCUACCCUCUGGCCAUGUCGCCACAAGGGGGCAGGACUGAGUACGACCAGAGCGUGCUCCUCAUGCUGGGCUCCCCGGCAUCGCCAAGGAAACGGCCCUUUGAGUUGCUAAGCGACCUGGUGGACGACGGUGGCGUCGGCGAGGACCUGCACCCGGAGCGCUGGGACGUGUCUGCGCUGGACGAGAUGGCUCGCUACACCAAGCUGGGCCUCGGGGUGGGGGGGGAGCUGCUGGCCUGCUCCGAGGAGGCCGUCCUGAUGGGCCGCUGGGGGAGGAGCCGGGAGGAGCAGGAGGAAGACGAGGAGGAGGAGAGGAGGAGGAGGAGACACACGGCACCUCCCGUCAUCCAGGACGUCAUCCAGGUCGUCCAGGCCGCCGCCGCUGCUGCAGGGAGGGAGGAGGGGCGUAGCUCCGUUGCCACGACAACAGGGAGGGAGUUAUGCGUUGCAGGAAGAGCGGCCGGACGAGGACGGGAUGGGAGGGAGCACACGGUGGAGGUGUAUCAGGUGGCGCAGGAGGAAGAGGAGGUAGUGGCGGCAGCGGCGGCGGGUUUGGCGCUGGAGCACUGCAGCGAGGAGCACAACUACUCCCUGAGCCAGGGGGAGGAGCUGGGGGCGGCGCCGCCUCACAACGCCCCGACGGAGGCGGGGGGAGACACACAGCAGGAGGUGCGGGGCAGGGUGGAGAGCAAGGCCAAGACCGAGCUGGACCUGGAGGACGAUGAGGAGGAGCAGGACGAAGAGGAGGACGAGGAGGACGAGGAGGAGGAGGAGGAAGAAGAAGAUGAAGAGGAGGAGGACGAGGGAGCGGAGGAGACGGCGGUGGAAGCUGAACUCUCCAGCUCCUCAGAAACCGAAUGUGAGGUGGAGGCCGAGCCGGCGAGGCAGCCGGGGGAGCGCCCGUCGAAGCGCCGCUGCUUCUGGGAGUACCGCCGCGCUCGAGAGUCGGCCACGAAGAAGAAACUGGGCGGAGACGUCCACUGGUCUCUGUCCUGGAGCUCCAGCACUCUACCCAGCACACUGUACCGCCGAGAGGGCAAAAAAGGCCGCCGCAAAGCUCGCAAGACGGACGCCAGCGACCUGACGCCAAACCCCCAGAAGCUCCACAACAUCGGGGAGCAGCUGCAGAAGCUCAACGCCGCCAUCGACGGCAUGGGCCCGGUCAACGACCUGCCCGCCGUGGCCCGAGCCCGGUCCCGUAAGGAGAAGAACAAGCUGGCCUCCAGGGCGUGCCGGCUGAAGAAGAAGGCCCAGCACGAAGCCAACAAGAUCAAGCUGUGGGGUCUGAACCAGGAGUACGAGAACCUGCUGGGAGCUCUGCUGAGGAUCAAGGAGGUGAUCCGACUGCGGGUGGAGAGCAGCGAGGAGGAGGACACGGACGAGCGAGGGAUGACCCAGCGCCUGGAGGACAUCCUCCGAGAGUCCAGCGGUCCUUUAGUCGCUGGGCGGACCAAAGACUUUGUGCAGAGGAUUUUGGCGGCCAGCGCCGGCGGUCAGAACCAGCGCAAAGAGCCGCCGCAGGGAGGUGACAAGGAGGCGGGUUAAACUCACCCAGCAUCCUCCUCCUUCCAUCCUCCUCCUCCUCCCAGCAUCACCAACCAAGCAAGCAACCUGACCUGACCGAGCUUCGCCUCCACUCUCACCACAUUCAAGUAAGAGCAGAGAGGAGGAGGAGGAGGAGGAGGAGGAAGAGGAGGAGGAGGAAGGAGUAGCCUAAACAAGAUGGGAGUAAAUUGCCACCCUGCUCCUGGUCGUCUCCUGUUGGCGCUCCGAACAGCAGCCGUCUUCACCGCUCCGUCUCUGCAGGCUCCACCUCCACCUCCACCUCCAGGCCAGAGCUGCUGCUGCUGCUGCUGACGUCUCUGUUUUCUGUGUCUGUCUGUGUGUGUGUGUGUGUGUGUGUGUGUGUGUGUGUAUACAUACUGUAUGAGUGUGUAGUGUUCCUCUCUCCCUCUCUGUGUGCUGUAUUUGUAUCCCAGUGUGCCUAUGAAUAGACAUUGCACUGUUUUGUAGAUGGUCGUAGUUGUCGGCAGGGGGCCGGUAGUGAGGCGAGGGCGAGGGGGCAUUUGAGGACAGAGGAAGUGCUAAAAUAAGGAAGUGGGAGGAGCGCAGGCCUGCAAGACAAAGAAGCGGGUAUUUUGUUUUAGUUUGAGUUUUUUUGUCCUUGGCCGGGCUCCUGUAGAAUAGAAGGGCUGCAUACCAUUCGGAUCUGAAAUGUCAGUAAGGAGUGACGGAGCAGCUGUUAACAGGAAACAGUCCUCGGAGCUUUAAUAACCCUCCUCCUCUCUCCUCCCCUCUUUAACUCAUCAAAAUGUUCAAAACGAAAGAGAGAAACUGCACCUUAAUCCAAAACUGACCAAAGAUACUGCUGAACCACUCCGACACCAGAACCUCUCUCUGCUUCAGAUGCUGCCAACCAUCAACACGUCCUUUAGUUUUGGAACGAGAGAGGAGAUGUUGUCAUGUUUACCCCGCAUGCAUCCGUUUGAUUCCCUUCACCUAAAUGCACUACUACGAUCACGGACCUGAGAGACGGUUUACUAUUGAGUCAGCCUCGUAGCUCUGCAGCCUCGUAGCGCUGCAGCCUCGUAGCUCUGCAGCCCGGUGCUCCGUCAGCUUCUCUGCAGCCCGGUGCUCCGUCAGCUUCUCUGCAGCCCGGUGCUUCCGUCAGCUUCUCUGCAGCCCGGUGCUCCGUCAGCUUCUCUGCAGCCCGGUGCUCCGUCAGCUUCUCUGCAGUGGUUUUUAUUUUGACCCACAAAAAGGGAAGUGUUCCUCAAUGCCUUCCCCGAGCCCUCUCCUCAACCCCCCUGACCGGAUUAUGUAGCGCACCUUCCUGAAUUGCAAUGAGAAAACACUUGUAGAUCUAGAAAGCAAAUAAUGAUUUUUUGUUUUAUUCUGGUUUUGUUGUUACGUGGCGACGCCACGGCCCCACCUGGUGGGUGUCAGUCUUUUGAAAUCUGCCUUUCUUCUGUGGUCUUUGCUGAAGCUGUAGACCAACCUGUCCACGGUCUCUAAAUGUUGUUGGACAUAAAAAAAACCAGGUCAAGGACCCUUUGAAUUGCACUGUGGUGAGAGCAACUAAGCACCUUCCAAGAGGCUUCAGAUCCUCCUAAAAGAGAAAACUCUCGGCACCUUUCGUCUGAAGACAGAUAUGGAUUGAGAGGCACGUCGUGACCGACCGGUCUCAGUCUGUUCCGGUAUGGUGCUACUGUAUGAUGAGAAAUAAACAAGCAAUGCACACUGUGAGCGAAGGCGUCGGGCAGUAACUGCUGACUGGGUUUUGGCCUGCGAGCUCGUCCUGUUGUAAUAGGCAGUUUGUUUGCAUAAUGACGCCUUUCUGAAGUGCCUGGAGCUUAAAGCCACCGGGACCUGUGUUAUUAUGCCGGAUCUUAAACCCUAUUACAACAUAACCCAUGACUACUGCUCCCAGCUUGGCCUCACUUGACUUUACUUUAGAAGAAGAAGAAAAGAAACUGCCGGCCUGUGUCGGGUCCGAUCAGCCAAAAAGAAAAAAGUCAACCAAAAUGUUUUCCUCUCAGAUGAAACCGUGUCUUCAUGGAACCAGCAGCUGGACCCGCUUCCUGUGAACAUCAACUCUGGGAAAUACAAGUAGAGGAGUGGCUGUGCCUCUUUGUUUUUCAACCUUGACGAGCUCCCGGCUGGGCUGCGUUCCAAAGCUGCUGCUCUAUAACACGCCGUCCCCCCCUCCAUCCCCCCCCGCCGCCUAUGGAAACUCCAUUUCCUGUCUCAACCAGGAGGAGGAGCAGUGAACCUUAAACUCUUCCCCUCCUCGAGGUCUCGCUCGUGGUCAUUUUGAAAGCUGCUGGACUAAAAGAGUU